AUGCAGCUCUCCGCCACCGCUGCCGCGCCGCGCCCCCCAGCCGCGCUCCCCGCCGCGCUGCUGCUUUCGCUCCUUCUGCUGGCGGCCGCUUCGCCGUCCGGGACUACGACGGAGACGCAGAAAGGGAAACAAAAGGCGCUUCGUCAGCGGGAGGUGGUGGACGUGUAUAAUGGGAUGUGUAUGCAAGGACCUACUGGUGUUCCUGGAAGGGAUGGAACCCCUGGAAUCAAUGGAGUCCCUGGAACUCCGGGUAUCCCUGGCAGAGAUGGGAUUAAAGGAGAAAAGGGAGAAUGUAUGCGGGAAAGCUUUGAGGAAUCCUGGACACCUAACUAUAAGCAGUGUUCCUGGAGCGCCUUGAACUAUGGCAUAGACCUUGGAAAAAUCGCAGAAUGUACAUUCACCAAGAUGCGCACCAACAGUGCUUUAAGAGUCCUUUUCAGUGGAUCACUUCGACUUAAAUGCAGAAACGCCUGUUGUCAGCGCUGGUAUUUUACUUUUAAUGGGGCUGAAUGCUCUGGACCACUUCCUAUUGAAGCUAUAAUUUAUUUAGAUCAAGGAAGUCCAGAAUUAAAUUCUACUAUUAAUAUACACCGCACUUCUUCAGUGGAAGGAUUAUGUGAAGGAAUCAAUGCUGGAUUGGUGGAUGUUGCUGUUUGGGUUGGUACUUGCUCAGAUUACCCAAGAGGAGAUGCAUCAACAGGAUGGAACUCGGUGUCUCGCAUAAUUAUAGAGGAACUGCCAAAAUAGAGCUUUCAAAAUCUUCUUGCUGUCCCCAAAACAAUGUUCAGGACUAUAUGUAUCCUCUUACCAUUUCAUUUUUGUACAUGGAAAUAAACAUUGGAUUACAGUGCACAAGCCUGUUUAUAGAAAUAAGGUAAAAUCUGUUUUGAGCCAUGUUUGACUUCAGAUGACUU